AUGUUAAAUAGUGGUAGCAGCAGUAUGGAUAUUCUAACCACUACAACAGCUAGUUCCUUUAUAACAGCCAAAGCCACGAUUGCAGUGUCAGCAUCAUCAGCCACAGCAGGAGUGGAAGAACAAACAGAAGUUAAUGAAACCCCACCAGAUCCUUUUGAAAUUUUGCGCAAUGAGUGUUAUGAACGUCUUAAUCAAACUGCGACAGCUGCUGCAACAACAGGGACAAAUUUUGUAACAGAUAAAUUUUGUCCGGGCACUUUUGAUGGUUGGCUCUGUUGGCCGGAUACUCCUGCUGGUACAUCUGCUUAUGAACGUUGUCCUGAAUUUAUAACUGGCUUUGAUCCAUUAAGAUAUGCCCACAAGGAGUGUGAUGCAAAUGGUGAAUGGUUUAAACAUCCGUUAACAAAUAAAACCUGGUCAAAUUAUACAACGUGUGUAAAUUUAGAUGACUUAAAUUGGAAACACAAUAUAAAUCUUAUAUAUGAAGUUGGAUAUGGCAUUUCAUUGGUAGCCAUCUUAUUAUCCUUAGCCAUAUUGGGUUAUUUUAAAUCCUUGAAAUGUGCUCGUAUAACGUUGCACAUGAAUCUUUUUACAUCUUUCGCUGCCAAUAACUCAUUAUGGUUGGUGUGGUAUUUGGUUGUGCUGCCGGACGGAGAACUACUGCAACAAAAUCCGCCUAUAUGUGUUGUUUUACAUGUAAUUUUACAUUAUUUUCUUCUAACCAACUAUUCCUGGAUGCUGUGUGAGGGUUUCUAUUUACAUACAGUUCUAGUGUCAGCUUUUAUAUCAGAGAAAAAACUGGUUAAAUGGUUGAUAGCAUUUGGUUGGGGCUCACCAGCUGUUGUCAUAUUUGUUUAUGGUUUGGCGCGUGGUUUAAUAGGUUCGCCCACUGAUAAUGCCCACUGUUGGAUGAAUCAAACAAAAUUUGAAAAUAUUUUGGUUGUACCUGUUUGCAUUUCAAUGUUCCUUAAUCUACUCUUCCUGUGUAAUAUUGUUCGUGUUGUUUUACUAAAAAUGAAAGCACCCGCCAGUCUACAAAACAGUUGUGGCCCAUCACGUACAGUGCUUCAGGCAUUUCGUGCCACAUUGCUGCUGGUGCCAUUAUUAGGUUUGCAAUAUAUUUUAACGCCCUUUCGUCCCGAUCCCAAUCAUCCUUGGGAGCAUACUUAUGAAGUAAUUUCUGCAUUUACUGCUUCAUUUCAGGGUCUAUGUGUGGCCACCUUCUUUUGUUUCUUUAACGGUGAAGUGAUCGCUCAGAUGAAACGUAAAUGGCGUACAACAUUUCUAAGUAAUCGGCCGCGCGCAAAUUCCUACACAGCCACUCAGGUCUCGUUCGUACGUUGUGGACCCGCUAUGCCCGGUGAAGAGAAAGUAUGACUAAAAGAGUUGUCGUCAGUGGUAACGCGAAGAGCGUCUAGUGCUGUUACAUCAGCAACAUCUUCAUCUACACGUCAUCAUCAUCAACAACAGCAACGCCAACGAUCCCAUAGCACAGCACAAACAUCAGCGCAUCAACAGCAACAUCAUCAUCAAGCAACAUCUCAUUAUAGUCGUGGUACGAUGGGUUUUUUAAGUGGCUUAAGGAAAGCUCAUUUAUUACGACGCAAAACAUUAGAUUCGACAAAUUCACGCAUUACCCAACCAUUAAUGGAAGAAACACAAAGGACAUCAAUAACAAUGCAACCAACUGAGCAAAAUGCAAGCGACUGUUGUCUAAUGGUAACAACAACAGAUGUGUCCGAUGACAGAGAUGAAAUACAACAUGCUGUUGAUAUUAACUCUACCAGCAAUAAUACCAUUGCGACGACAACAACAAAAAGAACUACAACAAUACAACCAGCAUAUGAACAAAUUUUACAACAUACAACGACAGCAUUACCAACCACUGCUACCAGCAUAAUUAACCCAUUAGGUACAUUACCAAUAAUCCCGGAAACUAGUACGAGUAGUAUGUGUGACAAAACAAAUGUUCCAAAUCCUAGUUGUACAACAGCACCGUCUACUGCAGCAAUUGAACCCACCAGCAGUUUGAUCGAAAUAGCCACCUCUAAUUCCACCUCCAACACAAAUAACAUUUCAAGUCCGCAUGACAACAAAUUAGUCGAUGAGGUACUUUAAUUUUAAAACAAUGUGUUUACUUUGGGCCAAAAUAAAUAGAAACAUUUUUAAGUUCCUUGA